GUUUGCCUGCUUGGAUCAAAGGGAGGAAGAAGACAACCUACUAGAAAUGUUGUCUGUUAGCAACUGCUAACGGUGCUAGCAGGAGGAAGCCGUCAAAUCUCAACAUGGCCACACCAGUCCCUGUGCUUCGCCUACCGAAAGGUCCUGACCCAAACAGCCGUGGGUUCGACCCGAACUCUCCUCGUUACAUCGCUCUGUGCCGCACGUCCAUCCCCACUUCAGCCGCGGCAGAGUCGGACCCCCAGCAGCUGCAGGAGGAGCAGCAUGCACGUUCGGUGCUGAGAGAGCGCUUCCUGCGCUGUCUGCUCGCCAUGUCCAACAAGAAGGUUCGGUUCCACAUGCACGAGAAGGUGAACGUCGAGGCCACGUUUGGGGCGUCGGACAUCGACGUGCUGAACUUUCAGGUGUCCGACCUGCACACUCCCAUCGGGGUGCAAAAAGAGGCCCUCAUCAGAAGUCAGGAUGUCAUUUCAUUUACAUUUGAUGUAUGACACUUUGGGCCCGAAUCCCAUGUUUUGAUCUCAGCAAUGGUCUUCUCACUUCAGGAUGACAUUGUUGUACAAUAUCUUUACAAAAGUGUAAGAUUCUGAUCUUGCAUCCAUAAACUGUUUAUGUCCCACCACAAGAGGGAGCCAUUGAUUCGUCAUGAACAAAGUGUUUGGCAUUUUGGUAGAAAGGUAUUUUUAUACCUUUUAAUCAGAAACCAAGCGCUGAACUUGAUGCUGUCUGCUGGGAGUUUGAUAGCAUUGCAGUUUUACUCACAGUUUGAUUCUCAGUUCUUCAGUUAUCAUCUGCUUCCUGACAUGCUGCCUGAUAUCAAUAUAACAACAUGUCACCUAAAUGGCCACAUUUAGUAUGUAAACACACAUCAUCUUCUGACGUGCAACAAGUGGUUUUUUUGUUUCUAUUUCUCACACUUUCUACAUUUAUGUUUUUGUAUUUACCCGUGUUUGUAUUUUGUUGAAAAAUAGUUUUGUUCAAAUAUGGUUUUGAAUACUUUACAUUUUGAGAAAAUGGAAAUAAAAAACUGCAUACAAACAAAACCUCAGCUAAAAUUUUUUCACACAGAAAGCUUGUUGUUGUUUAAUAAGAAUUAGUUUCUCUGUCAUGCAAGCAACUUUAAACAUCUUAGUCUACAUUGUGACAUUUGAAUGUGGCAUCAACAACCUGUUAUAGAAAAUAUAGAGAUAAUUUAUUCAUAUUAGUUAUUCUAGACCGAACUGACAUGCAAACCGAUAUAUUUUAUUAUUUACGCUUCAAUAAAAAGUACUCACUCUAACCUCAAUGACAAACUUGAAAGCAAAGCAGAUCAACUAUGCAUGGAAGAUUUUAGUACAACCUGGUAGUUCCUGUUGGAGUUAAAGCAGCACAAAAUACUCCUAGUUAAAUGAUUAUCGCCAGAUAUGGGCACAUUUGUUGUGAAUACAAUUAAAGAUGGGAAGAGAUGA